AUGAGAAGCAUCGAAAUGAUUAUUGUUGAAGUCGAAAAAAUUAUUGUCUAUUUUGAAGGAGAAAAUAUAGUAGAAUUAGAGGAUCCGAUGUGCGAUCCGUUAAAACCACGAAAAAUUCAAUUUUCUGAUAUAUCAGCUGCUGCUUUUAAUAUUCGUAAAGCUGUCUUAAUGACUCCAUGUACCGUACGUUAUCUUAUCUUAUCAAUUUCUCGUUUGUUUAAACGUUCACAUCAACUUUCAAAACUUUUAAAAACUGAAAUUUAUUUUAAAAAAGAAUUUUUGCAAGUGACGGGAAGUUUUAAAGAAAGAGGUGCACGGAACGCUCUUAUCAAACUAACAAAGGAAGAGAAGAUCAAUGGUGUAAUAGCUGCAUCGGCUGGAAAUCAUGCAUUAGCACUUUGUUAUCAUGGUGAAAUCUUAAAUAUCCCAGUUACAGUUGUUAUGCCAGUAACUGCACCGCUUAUGAAGAUAACUUUAUGUCGAUCAUUUGGUGCAAAUAUUGUUCUUGAUGGCGAAAAUUUGUCGAAGGCUAAAGCAACUGCGAUGAAAUUAGCAAAGGAAAAUAAUUUAAAAUACAUAAAUGGCUAUGAUCAUCCGGAUAUUAUCGCUGGGCAAGGGACUAUUGGUUUAGAAGUUUUAGAACAGGUGGAAAAUGUGGAUGCAAUAAUUGUACCAACUGGUGGUGGUGGUCUUAUUUCUGGAAUUGCGCUUGCUGUUAAGACUUUGAACCCUCAUAUAACUGUUGUGGGAGUAGAGGCUGAAACUUGUCCUUCAUUUAAGCGAUCGUUGGAAGCUGGUACAAUAAUCGAAACUAAAGCUGCUUCCACCUUAGCAGAUGGCUUAGCUGUGCCAUUGAUAGGUGGAAAUGCAAUGGCUACUGCUCAAGGUUUUAUCGAUCAAAUGGUUACGGUUACCGAAAAAAAUACGGCUCUUGCAAUUUUGCGUUUAUUGGAAAUGGAAAAAGCCGUUGUUGAAGGAGCUGGAGCAGUUGGAUUAGCCGCAUUCAUCGAGCAUAAAUUACCACAACUUGUUGGAAAAAGAGUUGUCAUAAUUCUUUCCGGAGGAAAUAUUGAUACAACAGUUUUGGGUCGAACAAUUGAACGUGGUCUUGCGGCUGAUUCGCGACUUGUACAUUUCGAUGUUCUCAUUUCUGAUCGACCUGGUGGUAUUGCUGAACUAGCGACAUUAUUAUCGCAUCAAGGAGUCAGUAUAAAGGAUAUAUUUCAUGAGAGAGCUUGGAUAUCGAAGGAUGUUUUUAGUGUUCGAAUUCGUGCUAUAGUUGAAACUCGCGAUAAUGAUCAUGCACACCUCUUGGAAUCUGCUCUUAAGGAGCGCUACAAAGAUGUCAAUUUUUCCGAUUUUAUUGAAAUCUGA